UGUGUUCUGUAGAGUAAUCUUUGUUUAUUUUUUUCUGAUUCGAGAAGCUUAAUAAAAUAAUAAUGGCUUAAUAAUCAACUUGCUUUCUGAUAAAAUAAACAUACAGCUAUGGAAAAAUCAUCAAUAAUAGAUAAAUCCACUUUGGACUUCACAAAUAUCCUUAACACGAUAAACAAGAAAUUCGAAAUAAUAAGUUGUACAUGGAGCGAAGAAAAGUCUUUUGAAAUCAAAUUUCGUACAGAGAUGGAUAAGAAUAGUGACGAUUUCAACAAACUUUGUGAUGAUUGGGUUGAUAUCUUUUCAGAUGUAACUAGUACUGUUUGGGCUAAAAAAACAUCUAAUACAGGACCUAAAGUAAAAUUUAGAAAACAGUACCAAUGCUGGACACACGGGGGCAGAGAAAUCCGGAAAGAGCUUCUCUUUGAUCCUAGAAAAUGUAAGGGGACAUUAGAUAUCAAAGUAUUGAGUGAUGUCAAUCCAUCGUCCAAGAACAAAUUUGUGAGAUUAGGACUAAAUGUUGUAGUCAAGAUAAAUUUUGUACAUUUGCACAAAGUGAACAUAACAAAUCCAUAUGCUUUCUUUGUCCAUGACUGUAAACCUCAAUCAACAGUUCCAAAAUGCCAAGCUAAUGGUAAUGAAAGGCUACCACAACUUGUUGCUGAGAUGCUUCAAAAAGGUGUGAAUUUUAUAGGAAGUCAAAAUCACCCCAAGGUAAAUUCACUCAACACAAACAAUGUAGAUCGAUCCCAAAGUUUCGACACUGAAAAAUUGGAAUCAUUGAAAGAGGACCAGAAUAGGCAAGAACUCCCAACACAGCUGAACCCAACAAUGGUAGAAAAAAGUGAUUUGAUACAAGAAGCCAUGCAGAUGAACUCUGUGCCAACAUUUCAAUUGGUCCAAGACAUACCUAUUCAAAAUAUAAGGUUGGAGUUUCAAUCAGGCUUGGAACAAUUUGCCCAAAUUUUAGUCAGUGAUUCUAACAUGAAUGAGCCUCUCAUAUGUCAACCUCUCCUAUUUGACAGUUCACAAUCCUUACCUCAUUUUGUCCAGUUGAAUUCCCAUUCUUUGUGCAAUCAAAACCAGUGUCAGUUCCUACAAUAAGAUCAGAAUAUACAAUUGACAAUAGAAAAUAAGUUCACAAGCCAACUAUCAGAAAUCUAGAAAUUGAGAAUUAUGGAUUCUCGAAUUCGACGGCCGGUAUAAGGCGAAUCGCUUAUUUUCUAUCGGCAAUAAGUUUGAAGCAUUAAAAUGUAAUUUAUAGACUGAUAUGAUCAAGUAUUAUUAUUUAUUUAUUACUUAUAAAAUAUUUAUACUCCUUAUAAUAAAUGAAUUCUAGUUGUC